GCGGAGCAGCCCCUGUUGUGGGGCCGGGGUGGCAGAGCCGGGGAGCGGCUGGGCCGGGAGCUGCAGGAGGGGUCCAGAGUGCGAGCUCGCUGCAGAGCUCGGAGCCCAGGCUGGGCCCAGGAGCUGGGAGGGAUCUAGGGUGUCAGAGCCAGGCGGAGGGGGGGCAGCAGCUGGGGGCGGGGACUGUGGGGCUGAUGGGAGUUUGGGGUGGGUCAGGGCUGGGGAUUGGGGAUGUUCGAGGGGCUCCAUGUUCAGAUCUGGCCCUGCGGGAGCUUUGGGGGCUGGAGCUGGGAAAGUGGGAGAGUGUCUGAAGUUGGCUGCUUGGUAUGUGGGUGAGGCCCCGGGGAGCUGGAGGUUGGGCUGCACCCCUGUCACUGCAGCCUGGGGCCCUGCGUUUCCUCUGGAAAAAGCUGCUCUCUGUUUCACCAUCUCCUCUCAGUCUGAGUCCCAGGGACCCUGCACAGGCGUCUGCAGGGCAGGGCGGGCCCUAAAAUCUGGCAGCUGGGAGGUUUGCAGCAGUUUCUAACCCUCCCUCCCCUGCUUCUUUCAGGAGGUGCCACCAAAGCAUCUGGACCCUCUGGGGAAAGAGAGAGAAGCAGCCAAAGCCAAGGAGGAGCAGCAAAGUGAGGAGCUGCUGAAACAGACGGCAGCCAAGAGGCAGAAGAUCAUCUGGGAGUGGCAGGAGCUGCAAGGGUUUCUGGAGGAGCAGGAGCAGCAGCUGCUGUCCCAGCUGGAAGAGCUAGAGAGAGCCAUUGUCUAGAGAAAGGAUGAGGGCAUCUGCAGCCUGUCCUGGGCGAUUUCCCUGCUCAACGAGAGGGGAGGAGAGAAGGGCCAGCAGCCGCUGAGCCAACCCCUGCAGGAUGCUGGGAGCACUGGGGGCAGCAGAGAGGAUGGGAUGUUUCGGAAGCCAGAGCCGUCAUUUGCAGAGCUGGAGAAGAGACUAAGCGAUUUCUCUCUGAAAAGUGCCAUGCUGCAGGAGGCUCUGCUGGGAUUCAAAGAGAUGCUGCGACGGGGGCUGGGGAGCAACACAGCCAUCCCGAUGAUGAUUAAUUUCUGGGAAACAUCCUCAGCAGAAUUAUUUGAAGCUGUAGCACUGGAGAGUAAAGGCACAGAGGCUGUGGCUUGUGGGAAACAGGGCAGCAGAGUAACACCCACCUUUGGCUCCAGAUUGUCCCAGCCUCCCACGGGACAGGGAAGGGAACUGGCUGUUGUGGAGUCAGUCCAGGGGCUGGUGCCCUUCGAGGAGGUGGCUGUGUAUUUCACCAGGGAAGAGUGGGCUCUGCUGGACCCCCAUCAAAGAGCCCUCUGCAGAGACGUCAUGCAGGAGAACUAUGAGACUGUGACCUCGCUGGCAGGUGACGUAAUGGUAUGUGAGAAAGAGGAGCAGAAUUCUCAACAGGAAAAUGUUGAGCAAGUGGAUAAACACAGAGAAUUAUCACAAAGAUCGGAAAGGAAUGUGUCCAGGAGUCAUGAACAGGGAAACUCCUGUGAGAUUCAGCACAGACCAGAAAGAGAGUGCGGAAACCAGCCAGGAGAGAAAGUGGGUAAAUAUAUUUCCUGUUGGCGAACUCAGAAGGACAUCAAGGAAACCACAACCCAGCAGGAAAUCCUCAUGGGAAAGAGAAAAAAUACAUGCACUGAUGGGAAAAACGUAUGUGACUACUCAGCCCAUAUAAAGCAUCAGAGAAUCCACACAGGUGAGAAACCCUAUGAAUGCAGUGAGUGUGGGAAAACCUUCAAGCGCAGCUCACAUCUUAUUACCCAUGAGAGAAUCCACACAGGGGAGAAGCCCUACAAAUGCAGCGAGUUUGGGAAAACCUUCAUUUACAGCUCAAACCUUAUUAAUCAUCAGAGAAUCCACACAGGGGAGAGGCCCUAUAAAUGCCGUGAAAGUGGGAAUACCUUCUCUUGGCGCUCAGCCCAUUUUAGCAAUCAGAGAAUCUGCAGGGGAGAUAAACAUCAUAAAAACCUCUAAGGCUAUCAAUACUUUUUUUCUUUAAUAUUUUUUCCUGAUUCACACAGAAUCCCUGGGCAAUGGUCUGGAACUGCUCCCCACAAAGCCAGUCAGGACUUUGGGGAGCCUCCUCUCCCUUGGAGCAGACUGUUUUCAGGGCAUGGAACUCACACGUCUUCAGCUCCUGGAUCGCUCCUUAGAGCAUUCAGCAUCCUCUCCCUCUCCGUGCGCUUCCCACAAUGAGACCGCCCCAGCGGGAUCCUGGGGAAGUGACAGGGUCCUGCACCCCCACUUUGCAGUCAGACGUGACUCAGCCAGCCAGUAAAACAGAGGUUUAUUUGAUGACAG